CAUUGAUGAGCUGUUCCAGAUUAUGUUCCUGGAUUCCGAGAUUGCGAAAACUUUUAAGUGUGGAAAAGACAAGACGGCGUACAUAGCGUGAUUUGGAUUAGCCGAUUACAUCAAGAGAGACCUCAUCUCCAAAGUUAAGGGCCCGUUCGUGCUGAUGUUCGACGAAAGCCUGAAUCAAACGAACAAGACCAGGCAGUUGGACUUGCACGUGCGUUUUUGGGAAGGCGAGCGGGUCCAGUCAAGGUACCUGGGGUCCCAGUUUAUGGGGCAUGCGACGGCUCAGGACUUACUGAAACAUGUCAAGGUAAGUAACAUAGCAUUGCAUAAUUUUUAUUUAUUUAUUUUUUUCAUGAUUUUUUUUCUUAUCAUCAGCACAUACUAGAUUGUAAUACCAGAAGUAACAGAAAAAGACUCAGACAAUAACUUGAACUAUAAAAUUGCAAUGGUUGGAUUUAAUGUAUUUAUUUAUUUUCAUCUCAGGAGUGUGUGGACCAACUUAACCUCAGGAGCCUAGUGUCCAUCUCUAUGGAUGGGCCCAAUGUGAAUUUCAAAUUUUUGGAACUUUUCCAACAAGAGUAUGCAGAACUGAAUGGAGGUGCUUAGCUUGUUUCCGUGGGCAGCUGUGGACUGCACACAUUGCAUAAUGCUUUUAAAAGUGGAUUCACCAUGUGGCAGCUGGACAAACUUUUGAGAGCCAUGCACACACUGUUCCACAACGUACCAGCAAGGAGAGAAGAUUACAGCGCUGUCACAAAUUCCACCAUCUUCCCCUUACCGUUUUGUGGUCAUCGGUGGAUAGAGAACUUGCCUGUGGUAGAGAGGGCUAUUGAAGUCUGGCCAUCACUUCAGGAGUAUAUGGAUGCAGUGAGAAGAAAGAAACUCCCGAACCCGGGGACAGCAUCCUUUGACACAAUCGAAGCAGCCCUGAAAGAUCCACUCAUCUUGGCCAAGUUAGAAUUCUACAUGACUGUUGCCAGGACAUUCAAUCCCUUUUUGAAGAGGUAUCAAACAGAUGAGCCAGUGAUGCCUUUCUUCAGCAAAGACUUGGCUGAACUGAUCAAGGGUCUACUCAGGCGCUUUAUCAAGCGAGAGGUCCUGCAAGACAUCAGCACACUGCAGCUAACCAAACUAGAUGUAGCUGAUAAGAAAAACCGGCACCAGCCAAAGCACAUCGACAUUGGCUUGGGUGCUGAGUCAGCCCUCAAGAGCAGCAACAGUUCAGAGCUCAGAGUCCUUCAAUUUAGAAUGGACUGCAUGCAGGGACUGUCAAACAUCGUCAGUAAAGUGCAGGAGAAGAGCCCCCUGAAAUAUCCAACAGUUAGGCACAUGGCGUGUCUGGACCCCUCUGCCAUUUUCAGAGACCCAGACAGGUGCAAGAGGCAGAUGAAAUGUCUUGUUCAGACAUUUCUGCAAGACAAACAGCUGACAGGAGGUGUUUCUGCUGGUAGGAAUAGUUCUGGUUUUGAACAAAAGUAAGAGGUCGGCACUAGCAUAGUGAACAGUAAACAGUCUGUGUGUUACAGCCAGACUUUUUUGCUACACUUUUGACAAGUAAUUGACAAGUAAUUUAUUAGUAACAGGCCAAUCAUAGACAUAAAUUCACAUAAUCAAUUGUAGUACUAUUUCUACAAGUUUCUCUAUUUUCAGUUGACCUAUAAUUUGCUGUGCGCUUUUUUCUUUUCUCUACUGGAUCUCUUACUUUUGUCAUUUUCUCUCCACAUGGUCCUGCACCUGUUCUGUGUGCAUUUGCUCACGUGUUGUAUUGGAAUAGGCUUUGACAUUGUACACCAUUAUAACCAAAUUUAGAACAGUGACUUUCUUCACCAUUAUAACCAUUACAGGUUGUUGAUAUAAUGUAAUGAUUUAUCUACUCCCUUUUUCUUGUAUCUGAU